UGCGCUUUUUGUACCAGUUUGCUACUUCCUUUUUACUACUUCCUUUUAACCAAAAACAUCCGAAAUUUCAGAGGAUGGCACCCAGAAAGGGAAAGACCCAAAAGCAAGAAGAGCAGGUCACUUUGGGACCCCAAGUUAAAGAUGGGGAAAAUGUGUUUGGUGUGGCUCACAUAUUUGCCAGUUUCAACGACACUUUUGUCCAUGUUACAGAUCUAUCGGGAAAGGAAACUAUUGCUCGUGUGACUGGUGGUAUGAAAGUGAAGGCUGACAGAGAUGAAGCUUCACCAUAUGCUGCUAUGUUGGCAGCCCAAGAUGUAGCUGAAAAAUGCAAAAACCUUGGAAUUACAGCCCUUCACAUUAAAUUGAGGGCUACUGGAGGAAACAGGACAAAGACCCCAGGACCAGGAGCACAGUCUGCUUUGAGGGCUUUGGCCAGAUCCGGAAUGAAGAUUGGCAGAAUCGAGGAUGUUACCCCAAUUCCCUCAGACAGCACAAGAAGGAAGGGUGGUCGUCGUGGUCGCAGAUUGUAAAUUUGUCAUUGUUCUGUAGCUACAUUUACUGCAAAGAGAAAAAAAUAGAAAAUAC